AUGGAGGACGUUCUGUUCGAUUUGGACCAAGAUGGCGCGACAGACUUGGCAUUCUGGGGUCAGAUGGAGCAAAACCUGCAGUUCCAGACGCAGCUGGACACGUUCCUGCUGGACUGCGGCAGCGCGGCGUUGGCCGGCGGCCAGCUGUCGCCUUGGGCCUCGCUGGGCUGCCAGGCGGUGUUCCCCGAGGCUCAGCUCUCCUUCGCCGACCUGGACGCGCAGUCCUCCGGGUACGAGGAGGAGGCGGACGAGUCGUCGGAGGCGGCCAAGCGGCACCGCGCGCGCCGGUUGCAGGCGUCCCAUCAGCCGUACAAGGUGCAGAGGCACGCCGCCAACAUCCGCGAGCGCAAGCGGAUGCUGAGCAUCAACUCGGCCUUCGAGGAGCUGCGCUGCCACGUGCCGACCUUCCCGUACGAGAAGCGGCUGUCCAAGAUCGACACGCUGCGGCUGGCCAUCGCCUACAUCGCCCUGCUCAGGGAGAUCCUGGUGUCGGGCUGCGACCCCAAGUCAUACGUGGACGAGUGCAUGAAGAACGGCUACAAGAAUCACACUAACGCCAUCUGGAACACCAGUGAUCUGACAGCUCGUCUCUCGUGGAUAAAGUGGGAUUAGUUGAGCACCCUGGGGCACUCCCCCUGAAUGUUUGCUCUCUCCACGUCAAAGGCAGGCGGCCCCGCCGACAU